ACUUCAUUCUUUUGUUUUUGUCAUACUCAUCCUUUCCUCUAGCUUUUUGAAAUUUCAAAUGGGUCUAGCUACUAGCUUCUUAAUGGGAAAUGGGUCACCAACAACACAGAUGUUGAACUUAAUUACAGGAUCACUUUACAGCAGUUUCGUUGAGAAGGAAACCGACACCUUUCCACAGUUUCAUCAAGCAUUUCUUGAUAUAUUCAACACUUUCAACUCAGCACUGCCGGGUAAACAUUAUGAUGUACCUGCUCGACCAGAAGUAAAGGAAUGUUUUGAUAAAUGGAAGGAAAGCACAGAUGAAGCAAAAAGGAAGAAAAUAUUUGUAGACUUUAUAAAAGAAAAGGUAAAACUAAAUGAGCCACACAAAUCAACAUUGAUAACAGGCAUAGUGACGCCACCAGCAGCCAUGGUAGCCAAGAAAGCAGGAGAGCGGGUCCCAGCACUUAAGCUAAUAAAAGUAGUCCCUGAUGUUCUCUUUGUUCCUUCUGCUACUUUCUUGGCUCUCAUCUCAGUUAAGGUUUCAAGAAAAGUUUUUCAUAAUAGAAUGCUUAAGAAAGAUCAAGAAAGAGAGCAACAAACUAAUAUUUAAUCUUAUUAAAU